AUGGCAGGCCUCGAGCCAGGGCCCUCAAAGAACCCCGAAUUGCCCAGCUCAUCUUCGCCGUCACGUCCAUAUAAUGCCACGACGCUCUCGACAGUUUCUCCCUCCCAGAGCGUUCGGAAAUCUAUGAUAGCCACAGAAUCUCCUGACAGGAUGCCAGAUAGAGGUAGUCCGGGGAAGCGAAGCGUCAGAGUAGUUGUCAAUGAGCCGCGAAGACCUGUCCACCCGUUAGCUGCAGACCCUGCUCGACGCACCAGAAUGCCUUCGGGUAGUUCUGGCUUCACCUCGCACACCAGUGGAACGUCUAGCCUCGGAGCGUUCUCGGACGAAUAUGAUCUAGCUCAUGAAGACCCACAAAUACUCCAUGAUGUGCAGAAGGCGAUGAGGCUCAAGGCUCGCCGUGAGGCGAGAAUUAAAUCCGGACGUCCCGCACACCUUCCAAGGACAUCACCAACUCCUCCCGACGUUUCCUCUCCGCCUCGUCAAACAGUAUAUCAGCCGCCGGUGGUAUCCUCACCACAACAUCCCACAGUAAUAACCAACUCCGAAGUUGAUUUUGGUCCGUCAAUCGCUGCCAACACUGUGCCAGUAGUGCUUCAUCCAGUACCUUCCUCGACGGACCAUGGAGCCACACUCGACUGGGGUGCAGGCGCCGAUAUAUCAGAUGAUGAGAGGGAGAAAGUUGAUAAGCGGUGGUCGCUCUCGCUACCCAAACGCAAGGGCAAAGAGAAAAUAGACAACUCUGCCAGUUCCGACUCAGGAAAGGGAGAUGAAGCCUACAAACGGAAAAUCAGUAAGAUAAAGGGCAAGGUCACUAAUAGCACGCUGAAGAAGGCCGACAUCACGAGUCAGCAAUUGGAACGCAAGUACAAACUCGUUUACGAUCGGUUGGGAGGUGAUCGCGUCAACCCGUUGAAUAUCUCCCGUUGGUGGCUUUCGCGCGACAAUAAUACUAAAGACGCGCUCGAGCGUGAAGAACCGCUCACCUGGCUCAAACAUCUCGACAGGCAACGAACUCCCAAAGAGAGACAGAGGUUCUCGUGGCACCUGCCUGCUCUAGUAAUGGAGGAAUUCUUUCGAGCACAACGAUAUCCUCCUUUCAUGGAGACAAUCCUGGAGGAUCCAUCUAGUCCUCAAUACUCUGAGAAACCGAUGCCGUUUGUACCUGGCGGUACGUUGGGACUCCCUACCGUAGACGGAAUGGCUGGAUCGGCGCGAAAUUCACUCGAUGUUGGUUCUCGACGUAGUGGUGAAUCCAUUUAUAGUGCUGUCAGCAGUUCCGGUAAUCCACCGCCCUCGAUAUCUCCCACCGCAAGUCUGUCUCAUCUUAGAGGGAUGUCUACUCGUCGUCAACGUCUCAAUCCUGGCAGCGAAGAUGGUCGUUCUGCACCUCAGUCCUUGUCGGAACGGUCUGACGAUGAAAGAAAAGAUCGACCUGUUCCUCGUGCCAAGCGUCGCCCCGAAGACCUCCAUCUAAUAUCUGCCCAAUUCGUAACAGCGUCUAAUCAGCGAUCUACAGCAUCUAAGGAGCUCUCAGAGGACGAUGAUGGGCCCUCGCCCAGCACGGCUGUCGUUGGAUAUCGCAUUGUACCAGGAGUCAUCCCGUAUACCGGAGCGGAGCCUCCCGGUCUCGUCGCAACUAGAAUGGAAGCUACGGUUCCCCAACCCAGACCUCAACAUUCUGCUGCAUCUUCGCAACAGAUUAGGGUCGAACAAGAGUCGGAGAAGAACAAGCAGAGGUUGCAUCAAGAAUACGAACUCAAGCUUAGGCUCUUGGAUGAUCUCAAUUCUCAGAAUACUCGCGUACGCCAGACUCUCAACCGCGUGGCAAACACGAUUCGGGAACAAGACGCUCUUCACGCCAGCUUCACGGCCAUGCUUGAUGUCCCCCAUGUUGGCAUGCCUCAGGAUGUACUUGAUGCAUUCGGACAUGACCCCGCCGCUGUCACAGGCUCGACCCGUCGUCUCCGUGGAUGGGAGGCUGUCGAAGAUAUACAUCUGCGCGUGCUACGUCAGCGCGAUGUUCUCAGACGGUUCAUAUACAGCGUCGAGGAGAAGACACCUGGACCAAUGAAGUCUGUCCUAGAUCACCCAAUCGCUUCCCUUACUCGGGCUCUGGAAGAUAUCACGGUGCAACAUGAAGAGAUCACUGUCAAGGCCCAGGAGGUUGCGAAGGUACUUCAGAGCGUAAAGGCACUCCACGCAGAUGUCAAAGCCGAAUACAACGAAACACUUGCCCAGACAUCUGUGGUAUAUCCUGAGCUCUCCUACAUCGUUGCGCUGGAGGAAAGCUACAAAGACCAAUACCAGCAAGUGUGGGAAUUCGGUAUGGACGCCCUCACAUUCCUGUUGGACAAUGUCACUCCAUUCUGGCGAACCUACGGCAAGACUCUCGGCGUCGACAUCCAAGAUUUCCUCAUCAUCCCCCUUUACCGAAACGAGUUCACCGGAGAAGCCAAGCGCUAUCCCAUCAAGCACAUUCCUCGACGUUCCUUCCGACAUUGGCUGGGUUUCCUGAUCUUCUUCGUCCUAACUUCCGCAAUAUGCUUUCUCCAAUGUCGCGCUGCCAUCACAUCAUCACGGAACUAUCGUCUUCAGAUUAUCGCUCAUAGUGGUUUCCGAUGGCUUCUCGUUCCCUUCGUCUGGGUCAGCAUCGUAAUUCAGUGGUCAGCGUUCUUGGUCGAGCUAUGUAUGUUAAUUGUGCAAGUAGCCGUCACUGCAUGGUGGCUAGGAUGGAUCCUCCGGAUUUUCGAUUGA